AUGAAGACCUUCUGCUGCUGCUUACCUGUUCGCCUGGGCGUUUUUGUCCUAUCAGCCGUCACUGCAGUCGCGUCGGUCUUGCUCGCCUACACACAGCUGUUCCUACUUCUCGACCACCGAGCCCAAUACAGCACGUUCGAGCUAGCAAUCCGCGGCGCGCUUGCCGGUGUCACGAUCUUGAUAGCGCUCGCAUCGAUCUUCGGCUUCUUCGGCUCGCUCUUCGCUCGGAGGGGAAUGGUCGCCUUCUACUCGAACAUGCUCUGGAUCGGUCUUCUCGUAUUCACUGUGCUCGGCGGUAUCGAGCUCUGGCAGCUUUUCUCCAAGCGAGACGAGGCAACCCAACACUGUCAGAACGAGGUCAACGCCAAGACGGUGAAGCUGCAAGGUGUUUUCGGCAUCUCAUUCGACAGCGCUCAAGAAGAUGCCUGCAAGAAGCUCGCUACUACAAGUGCUGUUGUUGUCGCUGUCCUGUUCGGCAUCCUGGUUCUCGUUCUCAUGUGGCUCAUCGGCAUUGUCACCAAGUACAAGCACCAGCUCGAGGAGCGCGACGCAGCAGACGAGGAAUACACUCAGAAGACCGGCGUCUCGCCAAGCUCACGCGUUUUCGGCAACAUCGGCAGGCGUUCGACAAAGUAUCAGCCCGCAGAGACGCGCGAAGGCGACGAGAGCGCAUUCCUGCACACCACGACGGCGCCAGCGGGCUUCAAGAACGCCUCGUACGAGCGCAGCGGCUACCAGCAAGUCUGA